AUGAUUUUAAAUCCGGAUAAUAUCGAAUCCGAUGAACUACAAACAGCUAACGAUCAACCUAACGUGCAGGCUCUGAAAACGGUCGCUGUAUCUGAAAAUUCCGCUCUUUUUCACUCAAUUCUAGGACAGAGACGUCGACGAGAAUUGGCUGCAACUGGCGACAAAUCGUUCAUCAGUGAUGCUACUACAUCUAAGAAGACAGCUAGGUUUAUCGGUGCACAACAAGAAGAGGAAUCAGCAAGUACUAAGGAAAAUAUGAUGGAGGAAAGAGAGGAAGAGGAAGAAUUUCAAGCAUUAGUUACGUUAGAGGAAGGAGAUGCAGGAGAUGAAGAGGAAGAGGAGUAUGGGAAAGUCAAAGAUAAUGGAGGAAAAGUUGAAAGGACAGAGGAAAUUUGCGAACGACAUGAGGCGGUUCUAGCAAUGAAGCAAAAGAGAGACGAAAGAACGGAGUGGAAGGACGAAGAUGAAGAGUUUAAGUAUGCUAAUGAUUUCACUGACGAAGAGGAUGAUGAUGAGGAAGAGCCAGAGGAAAAUGAGGAAGAGAAGGAAGAUGAUGAAGAAGAAGAUGAGGAUGAUGAGGAAUUGGCUGCCACGCUCUAUCAGCUUACUAAGGACAAUUCUAGGCUGAUGUCUCUGAACGCCAGCUAUUUAGAAAGAAUUAAAGCUGAACGGGAACGAUGUGUGCAACUAAAAUGCUUUACUAUCCUUCCUUGCUAA